AUUAGGAUUGUUCAUGCAGAGGGAGGACCUAUCAGUAGCUGUGUUUGGAAGACGUAUAUGCAACUGUGAAGAAUAUCGACCGGAUCUUCAAUUGGGAAUAAGUGUGCUAGCUGCGUUUUGAUAGUUUGAAGUCUGCUCAAGACUCUUGCUUGUACUAUUUAUUCUAACUAUAUAAAUCCGCUACACUACGAUCCUUCAAUUUAACUUCAUAUAAUUCAUACACGCGUGCCAUCCUUUCCAGUAGAUUCGUAAUACAAUAGACACAUUAUCUAGUAGUCAAUAUAGGACUCACAAAUACGCCAUCCAUCAAUCAUUAAUAAUGAACGACCCAAUGGAGAGCCCUGAGCUCAGGCUUCCGCCGACAGCCAGCGCUGUUACAUGGGCAGAUGCAUUGCGAAAGGCAAACUUCGAAUUCAACAGCGAAAUCAGGCGUACCAACACCACUGUGUCGCAUCUGGAAGGUGUACGACCCCUGGUUCUGACCGAUUGUCAGGUAUCUUCUCGGUCUGUAGACGACCGCAUGUACAAGAAAUUCGCUGGUCUGCCCCAGGCCCAGCCCCGAGGGCUCUGCUUCCUCACCAACGCAGAUCAGCCCAUCGGCGAUAGUACACUAAACACGAGUGAGGCUGCUGGCUCUGACCCAGGUGCAGCGGUCAUGGAUGUGUCGGGUACUAGUGCCCAACAAGCGCUGCCAGCCGAGACCGGAGAACUGGUUUACGUGCUGAGAGGCCUGCAGAAAUUCGGGGAAGAAAAGGAUGUGAGCGCAUACUUCUUAAAGGGCGCUGCGGCGGAAGUGACGGAUUUGGUAUUUAUGGAGAAGGCCAAUGGAGAAAAUGCCAAGAUAUCGGCGGUAACGGUUGACGGUGUGCUGGUGUGGAUGGUGGCCAGUAAAAACGUAACACUGAUUGCGACAGACUGUAAUUUCGAGGCCGAUAUUGAACAUGAGAUUUACAAGAACCUGCGAUUCACAUACACUCUGAAGAUAGCCCGGCAGUGGUACACCCAGCUUCGGCGUAUGAGCGCUCAGCAGAAGGAACAGUUAGUGCUGUAUCUCUGUACACAUAUGGCGACCCUGGUUGGAGAAGUUUUCCUUUCUGAUUCACAGCAUAUUGUGGAUAUGUCAUAUAUGGACCGAAGCGAGGCAGAAGGACAGUCGGUGCGCAGGCUGCAGUUCUAUGUUAUCGUAGACGUGAGGCCUGAAAGCGAAGGCCUCCUCUCAGUACAGUCGCCGGUGGCCGGUCUGGAGUUGCUGCAGCAGUGGGGUCUUGGGGUAGUACCGCAUGUUACACAAUGUGCUGUGUCGGACAAGGCGGCUGUGGAGGAGGCUUACAAUUCCGCUCGAUACCGAGAGAACUCUGAGGGUGCGGUGGUGUACGGUGUCUCCUCUACUGCCCAGAAUGGUGGGAAAACUACUUUUAUCUACAAAUAUAAGAAUACUUGGUAUGUCUAUUGGAGGGCCGUUCGAGAGCUAAUGCGCGCAAGAGCGCCAUUGUCUCGCUUACGAAAGCGAUUGAGCUCGGAAAUGUACCUGCCGCAUCCCAACAUCGAUGCGUUUGUGCAGGAGGCCUCCGAGUUCUAUGCGUAUUGCAGGUAUCGGGUGGAAGUGGAGAAGUCCUCCACGUGGGAAAAGGUGUUUGCUUUUUGGUAUGAUUGUAUGAACUCGUUUAAGAGUGCGUCAGCCGAGCAUAUAGCAACCGCGCUGCGCUGGUUGGAGACUGAAAUGCCGAUCGGAAAACCGCAACUGCAAGUGGCUAUGAUGGGCAUACCGGGCACAGGUAAGUCGACACAGGCCCGCGCGUUGAGCACCCUUCUUGCGUUACCAUGGGUCAACCAAGACGAGCUCAACAUGAAAGCGAGCAGAUACCACUCAGCCCUCACCGAUACAACCCAGCGGAAGGUGCCGCAGGGUGUCAUAGCGGACAAGUGCCACCACAAUUUUAACGUCCGCAACGGGAUGCGACGAGCGCUGAAAAGCAUAAUGUCUCUGGUGUAUAUCGUGUUCCUGCACCCAGACGACCUAGACUCGCCUAACAUCGAUCACACCCUUGCCGUUGCACGGGAACGUAUUGAGAAACGUGAAUUCGGACACAGAACCUUAUUUGAAGGACCUAUAUUAAAUCAAGCGUUUGCGCGUUUCGAAAGUGAAUGGACACCCCUAUCUCAGCAGGAGCGAAACGAAGCGGUUGCCGUGAUCAACGUAAGCAUUCUAUUGAAUCCAACGGAGGCGUGUAAGUUAAUACUGACAGAGCUGGCUAACGCACAGUUGCUUGAACGUGACAUCCCGGAUGAUAGCGAAGUGGCCUCGGCCCUGGCGCAGGCGAAAGAGUUCGAGGCUAAACUGAAUGACCAGAACUGUGAGCACACGACCACUCUGACGUGGUCCCUGCAAAUAUCAGAGUCCGGGCAAAAUCUGAUACGGACUAUUGCAUGGCCACGCCUUGAAAGUAGUACAGCCUCUUCAACUCCCGCAACCGAGUCUCCCAUGCAGACUGCCACAUCCGCCGAUGCCCUACCGGUGGAGCGGUACUGUAUACAGCCCUCAUUCCAUGUGACCUUGUUGUUUAUGACGAAUGACGUAUCACCUGCGCUUGAGGAGAGGGAUAAUCACCUGCUGCAAAGGUCGGGUUCUAAGGUAUCGAUUGCCUGCUCAAGGAUAUCGUACUCGUCCAAGGCCGCAGCCUUAAUCGUAGACCCCGAGUCAAUGCCUGAGUGGCUAAGAGAGUGUGCAGAACCCCCAAUGCAUGUCACUCUGGCCGUGGGAUACAAUCCCAAAAAUGGCCACAAAUACCCCCCUGUCGAGGCUAGAAAGCUGUUAACGGGGAGUGUUGGCGAAGGGACCACACCCAGCGAUACUGUAAAGUCUAUUGAGCUUCCAGAGCCCAUAGUAUUGGAAGGAAUCGUCACUCGGAAAGCAAAACUUCGCGGCACCGGUGGCGGCGCGAACAAGCGACAGAAGAAAUAA